CGCUUGGGGGCAGCCGCGGAGCCGGCCGGUCCCUCCCUCUGGCGGGCGGGGCGGCUCAUGGCGGCGCCGGGCUGGCGGCGCCCUCGGGCCCGGCUGGCCGCGGCCCUGCGCUGCGUCCGAGCGGCGCGGAACUGGAAGCAUCGGGCGCAGCGGCCGCCCCGCGCGGAGCCGGUCCAGGCGGCCCUCUACGUGCAUUGGCCGUACUGCCAGAAACGCUGCAGCUACUGCAACUUCAACAAGUACAUCCCCCGGGGCCUAGACGAGGAGUCCAUGAGGAGCUGUCUCACUCGGGAAGCCCAGACCCUGAUCCGUCUCAGCCGGGUCCAGAGGAUCAGCUCGGUGUUCUUCGGCGGGGGCACCCCGAGCCUGGCCAGCCCGUUCACCAUCGCUACUGUCCUGGAGACCGUCUCCCGCUGCGCCCACUUGGCGGCGGACGCUGAGAUCACUCUGGAAGCCAAUCCCACCUCGGCAGGUGCCUCGCGGCUGGCGGGAUUCCGGGCGUCGGGCGUCAAUCGCCUCUCCAUCGGCAUUCAGUCCCUGGACAAUGCGGAGCUGAGGCUCCUUGGGAGGAACCACACAGCUGCUGAGGCUCUGGGGACCUUGGAAGAGGCAAAGAAGCUGUUUCCCGGCCGCACGUCCGUUGACCUCAUCUUUGGCCUCCCCGGCCAGAGUGUUUCCUCGUGGGCCGGGGGGUUAGAAGAGCUGCUUCAGCUGUGUGAUGACCAUGUGUCUCUGUACCAGCUGACGCUGGAGAGGGGCACCUCCCUCUUCAAGCAGGUCCAGCAGGGCUCUCUGCCCAUGCCCAAGCAGGAGGUGGUGGCGGAGAUGUAUGAAUCUGCCCGGGAGAUGCUGCGGGACGUGGGAUUCCGGCAGUACGAGGUCUCCAAUUUUGCCAGGAAUGGGGCGCUCAGUACCCACAACCUGUCCUAUUGGCAAGGCAGCCAGUACAUAGGGAUCGGGCCAGGAGCUCAUGGGAGGUUUGUGCCGCGAGCACAUGGCGAGAGCCUCCGGGAAGCCAGGAUACAGACCCUGGAGCCGGACAGCUGGAUGAAGGAGGUGCUGGCCUGCGGACACGGGACCCGGAAGCGGACUGUGCUGAGCCAGCUGGAGGUGUUGGAGGAGGUGUUGGUCCUCGGGCUCCGCACGGACAUCGGAAUCACACACCAGCACUGGGAGCAGUUUGCCACCAGCCUGAGCCUGUGGGACAUGUUUGGAAGUUCAGAGGAAGUGAAAGAGCUAGAGGAUCAGGGCUUGCUGCUUUUGGACAAUAGGGGGCUCAGGUGUUCUUGGAAAGGUUUGGCGCUGCUGGACUCUCUCCUGCUGACCCUUCUCAACCAGCUCCAGCAGUCCUGGGCAGACAGAACAGCCCCUGGGACCUGAAGCUAGACAGCUGUCAACCAGGAAGCAGCAGCCUUUCCCAGCAAACUCCAGCAGUCCUGGAUGGACAGGGCAGACCUGAAAAUGGACAGAUCUUGCAUCCAAUCUGGAAAGCAUUUCAGAAGGGGAGGCCGAUCCUAAGUCUCCAAAGGAACAACUUGGCUCUUGGCUGGAAUCAGUUUGGAGCUCUCAGUUUGCAAAAUCCAGGAUGAGGGCCGGAUCCAGGCUUGGAGUACAUCGGUGGAAUUUGCAUCUGCUUAUAGCAGAGAGGAAGCUGGUCUUUUUUUUUAUGUGCACAAUAUUUGCUCAGUGGCUGCUGCAGAAAAUAGGGUAAAAGCAUUUUCGUUUUAGAUUGACUGGAAAGAUACAUAAUAGUGUGGGAUUCAGUGACUUAAACUACUUCAGUGAGGAAAGUCAGUCUCUUCUCUGCAGCCAGCAUGCGAUACUAUCUCCGUGCAGCAGAUGGAGAUGAGUGAAGCAAAAAUACUGCAAUGUCAAACCCCGUGGAAGGGCGAGCAGAUCAUUUCCUGCCCGAGGCGCUGGACUGAACUCCCCACGGUCAGCGCGGGCGACCAGGACCGGCUAGAGCUACCUCUCAUUCUGGCCGAGUUUUCGGAAUCCCUCCGUCUCGUGCCCACUAAUAAAGCAUGUGGGUGCGCCUUGCUCCCUGUCCCCCUGGCCUGGCUCUGUAGCUCUUUAGUAAGAUGGACAGGUGAGCUAAGGGCUACCUUGCAAAGGCUGUUGGUUAUUCUCUUUGCCUUUCCUUUGGACUCUGUAGAGUAGCUUGCUGGUCUCAGCAGCCGCCACUCAGUACAGAAGCAGGACACCCCAAGUCUAACUCUGUCUUUCCCUUACUGUCCUGGAGACCGGAGCCACAAGCAGAGGGGAUAUCACAGAGAUACACAUCCCCCAAUGCCAGAGAGCUGGGAAGGUGCAGAUUAUGCAGCCAAGAAUAAUACAUUAUUGAGCUCCAUUUUCUACCAGGUGCAUUAGCGCCUGGGGUAUCAAUUUACUUCUGGAGGGAAUUCAGUGCUGCCGUGACAGCGCUGGGGAAUGAAGUGCUUUUUGCCCACUGACAGUUACAGCAUAGGCACUGGCAGGCCAAGGCUCUCCUACCCCAUCCCGCUAACACACCAUAGCCCUGACUUCGUGCUAAGAGGAGAGUUUGUCUUCAGUGGCCCUUUCACCCCUUGGCCUCACUGCUGAAUGGAACGAAGGUUUAGAGACUUGUCUUUAGACGGCAGUUCAUAUGACAGUAGCACCUAAAGGCCCCCCUCAGGAUCAAGGCCCCAUUGUGCCAGGUGCUGUACAUACACAUAAUAAGAGACAGUGCCUGCCCUGAAGAGCUUACAGUCUAAUCAGACCAGACAGACAAAAAGUGGGAGGGGAAACAGAGGUCACCCAGCAGGUCAGUGGCAGAGCCAAGAGUAGAACCUGAGUCUGCCGAGUCUUAGUCCAGUGCUCUAUAGUCCAGGCUACAGGACAGUGUCCAGCCCAGACAUCACUUCCCUUUUAAACCAAAACAAAUGCAGAUAUUACUGCACAGAAACUUAUGCUUCAUUGUGAUCCUUGCCUUCCCCGUGCGGAGGAGACCCAGAGGUGAGUGCCACAUAUCUUGGAUCAGAUUCAGGCCCAUUAUAUUAUGCCUAGCUUUGGUGGAGAGCUGUGCCGCCAUUGGACGUUCCUCUGGUCUCUGUCGAAUGCAGAGUGAAGAGCUCGGGCACACUUGCUGAUCUAAUCGGGUGUUGUGAUUGCUGCAUUCAUGAGGAAGAAGUUUUGUUUUGAAUAAACCAGCCUGCAAUAGUUUGGCUCUGACUUAGUCUGGUAAUUGCCGUUUAGCUGUAAGAUCAAUAUUUGGAUCCCGUGAUAGAUUACUCAUACCGUUUUCAAACCAUGGCGGCAGUUGUUCAAACAGAGAAUAAUCAUUUUAAUUUGCAAUUUGUCAUGAACUCCUGGAAGAUGAAGAGGUCAGCAGAAAAGCACAUUUCCUUGCAGACAAGAAUCAAGACCAAACAAGGGUUCUCUGAGUGCUUUAUAAUGGAAUCAAUGCCAUACUGCUUGGGCAGCAACUCUGUGGGCAGAAGCACCAGCCGUUCUGCAAUGAGCAAUAGCUCGUACAUAGUCCCGGAGCAUAGAACCUGCUUCCGAUAGAGAGGAUGUGAAAGCUGAGAGGCUCAGGUUAAAUGUGAUCGUUCAGGGCCACCAGAGAUGGGUAGAAGGGAUCGUAGUUUUAACUUCUAAUAGAAAGCUUAUACACCUUGAAUUUACCGCCCCUUUCAUUCUGCAGUGUAGGGCUAUAGUCAGCCUUUGGAAGGAGAAGUCCUUGUGUGGCCGUGGAACAUUUUGAAUGACCUUCUGGCCCAAAGACAAGAAUGCUACAGUGUCAACAAAAGUUUAUGUUGUGUAUUCAGUGAUUCCAAAACCAGAUUGAAUCCUGGGGCUCUGCCCUAGAUAUGUGGUUGCAUGAACUGUAUUUAGAUUUUUUAUAGGUGUUAUUAAAGAUUCUAAAGAAAU